AUGCGCUUGUCUCUGCUUCUCUCGAUCCUCCCCAUGGUGCUGGCUGCGCCGGCCACCAAGCGUUCCGAGCCCGCCCCUUUGCUGGUUCCGCGUGGCAAUCACCAGCUCAUUGCCGACAAGUACAUCGUCAAGUUCAAGCAGGGAAGCGCCCUGUCUGUUCUUGAGGAUGCUUUGAGCUCCUUUGGUGGCAAGCCCGACCACAUGUACGACAGUGUCUUCAAAGGCUUUGCUCUUCACCUGAAUGAGCGUAUGCUCAAGACUCUUCGGGACCACCCUGAUGUAGACUAUGUCGAGCAGGAUGCCAUGGUCACGCUCUCCGGGUUUGAGUCUCAGCCCGAUGCUACUUGGGGACUAUCGCGCAUCUCGCACCGUCGGGCAGGCGCUUCAACCUACGAUUUUGAUUCGAGCGCCGGGGAGGGCACGUGCUCUUAUGUCAUUGAUACCGGCGUUGAGGCCGAUCACCCUGAGUUUGAGGGGCGUGCCGAGCUUCUCAAGAGUUUCAUCGACGGGCAGAACGCUGACGGAAACGGCCACGGCACGCACGUCUCCGGAACGAUCGGCAGCAAGACGUAUGGCGUAGCCAAAAAGACCAAAAUUUAUGGCGUCAAGGUCCUGGACGACCAAGGUAGCGGGCCUUACUCCGGCAUCAUUGCCGGGAUGGACUUUGUAGCCAAGGACGCAAAAACGCGCGGUUGCCCCAAAGGCGCCGUAGCGAAUAUGAGCUUGGAAGGAGGAUACGCUGCGUCCGUGAACAACGCGGCCGCGUCGCUAGUGCAGAGUGGAGUGUUCGUCGGCGUAGCAGCGGGCAACUCAGCCAAGGACGCUGGAGAGUCGUCUCCGGCAUCGGAGCCAAGCGUUUGCACGGUUGGGGCGACGGACAGGAACGACAACAAGUCGUCCUUUUCCAACUACGGAGACGUCCUCGACAUCUUUGGACCGGGCACCGAUGUCUUGUCCACCUGGAUCGGCGGUCAAAUUAAAACGAUCUCGGGCACGUCCAUGGCUACGCCGCAUAUCGUAGGCCUUGCCGCGUACCUUGCGGCGUUGGAGGGAAAGACGGGCGGCUCAGCCUGCGACCGCAUCCAAGAGCUUGCUACCGAGGGUGCCAUCAGCGGUAUUCCGGCCGGCACUGUUAACCUUCUUGCGUUCAACGGAAACCCGUCGGGCUAG